AGAAACACUUAAGUGUGUGUUACUUGCACCAGUGCAGGAAGUUCCGUUAAAAAAAUUUUAUAACCUCUUCUCUCUGGGCACAAAGUUUAUUAUCAUUCAGUUCAGUUGUCUGCAUCUGAUUAUCGUCUGCUUUGUUUUGCUGUGUAUAUUUAUGGAAAAAAACGUACAUUUUAUAAAAUGUAUCUAGUUGGUUUGACAGGCGGCAUAGCCACUGGAAAAAGCACAGUCGCCGCUGUUUUUCGGGAGCAUGGUAUUCCUGUUAUAGACGCUGAUUUAAUUGCCCGAGAAGUUGUUGAACCAGGACAGCCAGCAUGGUAUAAAAUAAGAAAUGAGUUUGGCCCAGAAGUGUUCCUGGAGACCAAAUAUUUGGACAGAGCAAAACUUGGCGAGUUGAUAUUCAAUGAUGUUGAGAAGAGAAGAAAACUCAAUGUCAUUACACAUCCUGAUAUAUAUAAAAAAAUUUACUGGCAAGUCUUUCGAUACUUUAUACAAGGCCACCCAUUCAUAGUCUUGGAUCUGCCUUUGCUCUUUGAAACAGGACACAUGUUAGAUUUCUUACACAAAAUUAUUGUUGUAACGUGUGAGGAAGACUUACAGUUACAACGUUUAAUGGAACGUAGUGGAUUUACCGAAGCUAAAGCAAAGGUAAGAGUAGCUGCACAGAUGUCUUUAGAGAAGAAAGCAGAAAUGGCAAAUUUUGUAAUUGAGAAUUCCAGCAGUGAGAGCGAUACCAGGGAACAGACCAUAAAAGUAAUUAAUGUGUUACGAUGCUCUAAGCAGCAUUGGAAAUUGCGUUGUUUAGUUGGAUUUUGCUGUACCAUACUGUUAGCUGGUGCUUAUUGGUUAAAGAACAGAAAUUCUAAUAAAAAAUAAAAUUAUUUCUUACCACAAUUGAUUCACUGGUGGUAGGAUUGUUUCAUUUUACUUAUUAAUUCAAUUUAAGUCGUGGAGUAAUGUAUUUACAAAAGCAAAAUAUCAUACGAAACGGAUAAAGAUUAAUUAAAUUGCUUGUUUCUUGUUUAUGUACAAUUUUACCGAUUGUAAAUUCCGAUUGUAAGUCCCUGCCUUACUGAGCGAAUUACUGCAAUAAAAUUCAUUUGUUUCUGUUCGUGAGUGAAGAAAUGUCCAUACGAGUGCAUUAUAAGCUGUACAAUUUGUAAUUACAUUCCAUUGGCAUAUAACUAUUCAUGUUCUUUUAUAAAACACCUUCAAUUACAAUAUAUCAUAAGCUAGAGACCGCGGACAAACGAUAUGUGCAGCGAUUUUAUCUAUAUACAUACAUGUAUACGUUGUUAUGUACAAUAGAAAAAAUUAAUAUUUCGAUGCUUCGUGCAACGAAAACAGCAUAAAACGUACGAAUCUUAUACUGUGUUAGAAGGAUGGUGUUGCAUGAUAUAUUUCUUCUUUCGACAACUGAAGAUGCGUCCUUGCGUACGUAUGUAUGCGUGUGUGCGCGUAUGACGUGACAAUUUUUGACUAGCUGCAUUUAUUACGUAUACUGGAUAUAAAAAUAAAAAUGGUUAAUUACUGGCUUUCAUUGGACUGCCUCGUAUUGACAUUUCCUUCUCGCGUACCCUUUUAUUAUUAAUUGUCAAAAAAGAAAUCUCAAUGCACAUAACCUCGUUAUCCGUAACCUCGUAGCACACACGCUUACAUCUCCGCUCGUAAGAAUUCGAGAGUAAAAACCACAUUCGUCUUUCCUUGUUUUUUAAUAAAGUGCUCUUUAACGUAAAGUUCUACGUAAAAGAUUAUACAUUUGUAUGCAUAAUAUAUAAAAUACACGAGUACAUAGUGCUCAAUUUCUUACGCUUAAUUUUAGCAAAAUAUAUACAGGUGUGUCGAACUGUGACUAAUAAUACGACUUAAAAUCA